CUCGGGAUUCCGGCAUAGGGCCGAACGGCCAAAGGAGGAUUAUCCAUCGACACCUCUGAAACGUAUACUUGGCAAUCCGAUCCCUCAGUUCGCAAGUACGCUGGCUCUCGACCCACCCUUCUGCGCGGGUAUCUGAAAGGCAGAUACGCUUUUGCGAGUGAUGUGACGUAGAUUUGAAAUCGGCGCUCCGUUCCAUGUGUAACAGAGCUCAUUGUCUUGCGGUGUCAGUAUAGUGGAACCGCGACGAAGAGUGUCUACGAUUGUCACAGCUGUCCCCGUCGAGUCUCGCUUGAGCGGAAACACGUCAAUCGAACACAAUCAAGAUGAUGCGAAGAAAUCGUGAUAAUUUUGGGGUACUGUUGCUGGUGCAACAUCUCCUGUUCACUGUCGGCCUCGAAAAUAUACCACCUGUAACUCUGGGAACAAUAGGACUCCAAGUUUGUCUGUUUCUAGGACUCAUCAAGGUGCCCUGGCGAUCUAUCGAAGAAUGUUGCAUUUCGGCGUACACUCUCAUUGAAAGGCGCGAGUUCAUGCGUAUCUUCAGCUCGGCUCUGGAACAUUCGGACAGCUAUCAUCUCUACUACAACAUGGCAUCGUUCGUCUGGAAGGGCAUCAUCCUCGAGUCGGUGAUGGGAGCGCCUUUCUUCGCAUACCUCCUCGUGGUGUUCACCAUACUGGUGGCUUUGGUCUCGGUCUCGAUAAACUACGCGCUGGCCAUACUCUUCUCGAGUUUCGACUUCAUGUCAAGCUGCGCCAUUGGUUUCUCCGGAGUGAUAUUCGCUCUGAAAGUAGUCGUGAACAAAGUUUAUCCCGAUGUUCAUCCAGUCAUCGGAGGCUACAAUCUGAGAGUACCGGGUGGGAUGUACGUAUGGCUGGAGUUGGCGCUGAUCUCUCUCUUCGUACCCCGAGCGAGUUUCGUGGGACACCUCGCCGGUAUACUCGUGGGGACGGCAUACAGCGUGGGUUUCCUUCAUCCAAUCUUCGACAUUUUCGGAGCUGUCGCGGGAUACAACCCCCACCGGCAGUGGACCCGAGGUGCGCAGCCCAGAUCAUACGGCUAUCGAAGACCUCAACAACCGGGAUACAAUCCUACGUAUGAGCGAUCCUAUGCGUUCUUCCAGGUACAGCGAUUUCCUCCUAUAUUGACGACUCUGUUAGCUGCGACGCUAGUGGGAGUUUUCUAUCAUGACUUGCUCCCGGAGCAGCUCAAAGUAUUAUACCGCUAUGUAGGCGGCAAAUGCCUGAACUCGUAUCUCGUAUUCGACGCUCACCGCUACGCCUCGAUCUUCACUGCCCCGUUGCAUACAUUGAACGGAUACCAUCUCUUAUACAGUGUUCUGACCUUGUUGAGGGUCGGAAGCAAUAUAGAGAGACGGGUCGGGCUUCUCCGGUACGCAAUCCUGGUCCUGAUACUGACCGCAGGUUCCAGCUUGGCGUACGUAUGCCUCGUAAAGUACGUCUUGGUGCGGGCGGAGAGCGUCGGCGGAGUGUAUCCAUAUGAAAUGAAGUAUAAGUGCUUCAUGGGACCGACAGCGAUCCUCAUCGCCAUGAAACUUGCGCAUGGAGAGCUACUUCCCUACUUGAAUUCGACCUUUUUGAUUUUCGAACUUCCGGCGAUACCACUCGUAUUCGUUGUCUUGGGGGAAAUCUUCCUGCUGCAUAUGCUGUUCCCGCAAGCGUGGGUAGUCGGGAACGCGGCCGGCAUGUUGGCCGGCUUAGUUUUCGUGACAAUAAUGUGAUUACGUUUGCAGCGGAAGGCAAAUGGAAUGGAACAGUGAUUCCAUUGUUGUCAAACAGAGAAAGAUGCAUGGGAAGUAAAGGGCCCUGGUUUUCAUCUCAAUCAAGUCGAAAACGAGGGCAUAUGGUUGAAUCUUUCGAUGUAAGAGCGAAGACACGGCUCGGGGCUGACUGUCGAGCCGGUAGUUUGUGAAUAAAGUCG